AUGGAGUUAGUGCCCUUUAAUUCUGAUUCAAAAUCAGAACCAGACAGUUCAUCACUGCCGUGGCAAGACAUGUUCCGAUCUGCAUCCAUUAGGAAACCGGAAACUAACGACGCGCCUCCUCCAAAACCACACGCGCCACCAACUCAAGAUGAAGCCAAUUCUCUCUCCAAUGAUCCUCAGGUACGUCUUGCCCUCUACAUAACCAUGGCCCACGCAGGCCUUGCCUUUACAGUAUUUGUUCUCUAUGGAGUCUGCAGACUUCUUGAGGAUUUUUUAAGGCCAAUUUUAUGGGCUGUGCUCUGUUCAAUCCCAUUAAGAGGAAUUCAACAGACCCUUGUUGGAUUUUGGUCCGAGCCACUGAAAUUAGGGCUCACAGAGACCAUAUUGGCUGUCCCUGUAGCUAUAUUCAGAGUCUUUGUUGGGACUCUUGUUGAGAUUAAAGAAAUGAUUAUUCGGAUUGUUCUUAAGAAGAAGAAGUCCAAUAUUACGAGGAGGGAAAAGAGUGGGUUUUACAAGUUGUUGAGGUGGCUUGUAUCCUUUUUGGUGUUUGUAAUGGCUUAUGAACACAUUGGUAGUUUUGGGUCUAUUUCACUUCUUGCAUUAGGGUUCAUGUUUACAGCUACUGGCGUGGAGUCAACAAUGAGUACAGUUACGUCAUUGAGGAGUCAGAGCUUUCGCCGGCUCCGGGUGAGUGCAUUUUUCACAAGAGGGAUAUUGAAAAGAUUGAAGACUAUGGUUGCUAUAGGGUUGAUUGUUGGAAUUAGUGUGGGAUCCUUGGCUGGCAUGAUUUUCUUCACGUACAAAAUUGGCUUGGAAGGAAAAGAUGCCGUUUUUGCGCUUAAAUCUCAUGUGGAAGAGAGUAAUUAUGCUGAGAAGAUGGGUGUUAAGAAAUGGAUGGAUGAAAAUGAUGUGCCUGGAAUGGUGGAUACGUACUCGACUAAGUUUUAUGAAACUGUGUCUGAUCAGAUUGAUAGUUUAGCGAUGCAAUACAACAUGACUGAGCUUGUUAUUGGGAUCAAACAUUUUGUGAUAACCCCAUCAUCAAACUCCUCAGGUAAGUCUACAUCCCUGAUGAGCCCUUCUCUGUACACUGAGAAAUUUUUGAGCUUGAAAAGAAGAGUCAGGGAACGUGAGUGGGGGCAAAUAUUCAAAGAAGUGGAUGGAAUUUUCAGGGAACUUCUGAUUACUAGAGAGGAUUUGGUUGAGAAGGCUAAAGGCUUUGCCGUUCAAGGAAUGAAUGUGAUGCAAAGUGUAUUAGUUAGCAGUACUUCUGUUCUUGCUGGCAGUGCAAAGCUCUUGUUAUUGAUCGCGAAUUCCAUCGUCUCUGGAGCUGCAGAAUUAUUCAAUUUUCUUUCACAGACAAUGGUUUUCUUCUGGGUUUUGUAUUAUCUGAUCACGUCAGAUUCCGGUGGAGUUACAGAACAGGUGAUGUGUAUGCUCCCAAUGUCACAGUCUGCAAGGACUCGAUGUGUUGAGGUUCUUGACAAAGCUAUUUCUGGAGUUCUUUUAGCAACUGUCGAGAUUGCUUUCUUUCAGGGAUGUCUGACCUGGCUGCUAUUUAGACUAUUCUCGAUACACUUCUUGUUCAUGUCGACUGUUCUUGCAUUUAUUAGCUCUGUUUUGCCAUUAUUUCCUCCUUGGAUUUCAACAAUUCCAGCUGCUCUGCAACUGGUUUUGGAAGGGAGAUAUAUAUUGGCCAUCUUCUUAUUCGUUAUUCAUCUGGUGCUUAUGGACUAUGGAACUACGGAAAUUCAAGAGGAUAUUCCUGGCUAUAACGCUUAUCUUACUGGUCUCAGCAUCAUUGGCGGCAUGACAUUGUUCCCGUCUGCAUUGGAGGGAGCAAUAAUGGGGCCACUGAUAACUACUGUUGUAAUAGCUCUCAAGGAUUUGUAUGUAGAGUUUGUGUUGGGACAACCAAAGGGGGAAAAGUAA